GUCUUACCGUAACAGAACAAUACUGGCUUGCUACCACAAUAAUAUAUCGACGGACACCUAGAAGUCAAGAGAAUGAACAUACGUCAAUAUUCUUCAUUCUCUCGAUACUAGACUACGGCCAUCAGCGAAUUUCCUUCCAGGAACCAACCAAAUUAUGUGAAAAUGAUCUCACGGGCCAUGCACAUGUGUCCACACGCAAUUCCCAUCAUUUACCUCGACCACAAUGCCGCCUACCUUUGAUACGGUCAAUCUGAAGGGCAAGGUUGUGAUUGUCACUGGUGGAAACUCCGGUAUUGGCUAUGGAACCGUCCGUCAUCUGGCCCGUGCUGGUGCCGAGGUCUAUCUUGCAGCAAGAAACGAGACACGGGCAGCGGAGGCUAUAGAAAAGCUCAAGACCGAAUCUCUUGAACCGGGAAACGGGGAUGUCGUAUGGUUGAAGCUCGACCUCAGUGACCCUCGACUUGCAAGACAAUCUGCUGAAGAGUUCAUGAGGAAGGAAAAACGUUUGGACGUGCUGGUGAAUAAUGCCGGCAUGAUGUUAGGACCAUAUGAGGCUGGGCCGGAUGGCAUGUCAAACCUUGUCAUCGUCAAGUUAGUCUUACGAUUCCUCCUCGAUGUGUUGAGACAUGUCGCUUCCAUAUCCCAUAAAUGGGCUCUUUCGGGAUUUAAAUGCGACGCGAUUCAGGACUUGAAUGUAUCAUAUGACAAGAAGUGGUUCUCGAGCUUCUGGCGGUACGCCCACUCUAAAUUGCUGGUCAUUCUUUGGACCAAGUCUCUUCAAAGUCAACUUGACAUCUCGGAGCCGCCGGUACCUAUAACUGUCAUCUCACUUCACCCUGGUAGUGUCGACACCUUUACUCACAAGUGGCCCCUUGCUCCUCUGUGGAAAUUGCUGGUUGUGCCAGUCGUAACCAGUAUAGACCGUGGCUCGUAUACCUCUUUCUUUGCAGCCGCGGGAAAGGACGUCAAAGACAAUCGGGACAAUUACAAAGGUGCCUAUCUUGAGGACAAACCCCCACACAUCGCCAAUCCGAGCAAAGUGGCACGGGAUGACGAUCUUGCUGAACAACUUUGGACUAUCACCGUUGACUUCUUUUCCAAGCUCAAUUAGCUCAACAAGCUAAGUUCUAUGUACUCAUCCCUUUCUGUGAGUUUCAAGAUCAGAAUUUGUAUCUGUACACUUUCGUCUCAACAUUCAUACUUAUGCCUUU